GGAAAGAGGAAGGAAGUGUUGAGUAAAUGGAAUUUACCCAUUUCCAUUGCCUCGUGCACGCUAUCAUGAGCUCAUUGACCAUUUGUCCGCAGACAUGGUGCCGUUGUUUUGGCUUUCUCUCCUUUCUCUCACCCGGCUGACACCAAAAGGAAUGGCCCAAGCUCACAGCUGCCUGUCACAACCGAGUGGCGUGAUUUGGCGCCAACUCGGACAAGAUGCCGUCAUCCAGUGCAGCUUCCUUCCCGACUGCUUGGCCGAAAAUCUCCGCUACAAGUGGUUCGCUUUUGAGCACAGAUCGCACGGCACUCUUGACCUGGCCCAAAACCAUCACAAGUACAGCCUACAUGGAGCCGAUUUACAAAUUCGCUCCCUGAACGGCAACGACAGCGGGAUUUACUACUGUGCCGCCACGACCCAGAGGGAACCGACACCCGGCGCUCAGCAUGUUGGCCUGGGAACAACCCUUGUCGUGAAGGAAAAGACAAAACUCAUGGUGGGUCAUGUUCUGUUGUGGUUAACGGUCGUCGUCUUGGCCCUCUACAGCUCGGCCACGGUGACACUCAUUGUUCAAAAGAAGUAUGGCCUGAACAUAUGCAACUGUAGACGGACACACAAAAGUGACAAGAAGAACACGAAGAGAACGAGAGUCUUCCACGACGUGCUGCAAGAGAUGCACCGCCAACGCAACGGGAGAAGCAAAGAGACGGCGGAAAAACACCCGGCGCUGGUCCAGGCAGCAGCUGCCCAGGCGGACAAUGCGCCCGAUGACAUCUAUCAAAAUGUGUAACACAGCGCUGCGUGUGCUGCACACCAUUUGUUGUUUUGUUUCAAUUCUUCUAUCUGUCUUGAAGUGGGAACAAAAACAAUGUCACAAUGUUUUCUCACUUGAGGAUUUUAACUCCCCCCAAUACGUGGAGCGGCCAUGCCAAACGUGGAGCAGUUGAGCCCGUCUGCCGAAGCAAGUGGCAUCUUUAUUAUUUCCUAAUAUCAUUACAAAGGUCAAAAGUUUCACUUCAAAACUGCAAAAUCCGCCCCCCCCAGAAAAAAAACCCCACACACCUAAAACAAUAACUAACUAAAAAAUUAAUGUAUACAUGUGAAGUAAAGCCUCAAUCACGUA